AUGAAUCUGGAAGGUUUGAAUCUCAAACGGACCGAUUUGAGCGUCGAUGAACUGGUCAGCAAAUACCAGGGCCAGUUACAACAGUCGAUCUCAGCAGGAGCGCUGUUCAUGUGGGGCAUCUAUGAUUAUCACAUUAGUUCCGAUCAAGUUUAUCCUUGGAGUUCUCCUGCUUGUCGUCUGUUUCAAAUCACGUUCGUUUCUUCACAGAGUUUGCCUCGUUUGUUGGUUCUGUUGUGGCGCGUUUCGCUGUCUGAUCGGUCUGGCCUUCUGAUAUCUGCCGUCUCCAGUUUUCCGUCAACUUUACGUUUUUCUUGA